AUGUGCACUACUAAGGAACUAGAAGAAUCCAUAUUUAAAUUCUGGGAAUCAGAGGAAAUUCCAGAUUCAACUUCGGAACUCACAGAAGAUGAAUUGCGUUGUGAGUCACAUUUUUCGCAACAUACUUUUCGAGGAAGUGAUGGCAGAUUUGUUGUGAAACUCCCACUAAAGAAUCAUCCAUCAGUGUUACCAGAUACAAAAGGAAUCACUUACGAGAGGUUCAAGACAAUCGAGCGCCGUUUCAUUCAAAAUCCUGAUCUAAAGAAUCAAUAUGUUUCAUUUAUGAGGGAAUAUGAAGCAUUGGGACACAUGACAAAAUUCAGCGGUAGCGAAUUAAUAUCUCCCCAAUAUUUCAUCCCUCACCACUGUGUGCUACGUCCAGACAGCUCAACAUCAAAAUUGCGAGUUGUGUUUGACGCAUCAGUACACAAAUUAUCAGGGUCAUCACUAAAUGACAUAAUGUUUAAUGGUCCAAAAGUUCAAGACGAACUGUUUUCGAUUUUGCUCAGAUUUAGAAUGCACAAAUAUGUUUUAAAAACUGAUUUGGAAAAAAUGUACCGUCAAAUAUGGGUUAACAAAGAUGAUCGAAAUCUGCAACUCAUAAUGUGGCGAGAAAAUCCCACAGAACCACUUAAUUAUUAUCAGUUGAAUACAGUUACUUAUGGCACAAGAGCAGCGCCAUAUUUAGCAACACGCUGUCUAACAAAAUUGGCGGAUGAAUAUCAAGGAAAUUAUUUAUAUGGCGCCACAUCUUUAAAAAGGGAUUUUUAUGUUGACGACGGUCUCAUAGGAGCUGAUACCAUCACCGAAGCGUUACUAAUUCAACAACAAUUAAUAACAAUUCUAGACAAGGCUGGAAUGAAACUAAAAAAAUGGUGUGGAAAUAACCCAAAACUUUUACAUGGAAUCGCUCCAGAAGAUCAAGAAGUAAAUCUCAAUUUUGAUUCCAAGAAAACCCAAUUCACAAAGACGCUGGGUCUUUCAUGGUUACCAAAGUCAGAUUCAUUUCGUAUCAAGGUUAACAUUCGAGAGCAUAGUCACACAACAAAACGAUCUAUGAGCUCCGAUUUGGCAUACAUAUAUGACCCCUUUGGUCUUAUUGGUCCAAUCUUGGUCACCGGUAAAAUCUUGUUGCAAGGAGCAUGGCAGCUAAAACUCGAUUGGGAUGAUGAUCUUCCGUCAGAAAUACGUAAACAAUAA